AUGUCACUUUCAUUGGAUGAUUGUCAGAUUGCGGAACAUUCUCGCAAAGAUGUGAGAAAUCCAAAUACAUACCACAAAUUUGUUCUUCAUGCUAGGCAGAAAGGUGGUUUGUUGAGAAAGGGGCAUAAUUGGGUCUUCCGUGCGGAGAGUUAUGAUGCCAUGAUGGAGUGGUAUAAUGAUUUGAAGAGACUUACGCAGUUACCAACACCACAAUCAAGAUCUACAAUUGCCUGGGAAAGACGCAAAAACAGGGAUAUAUCUAGUAUGGCUGCUAGUAUUUCAUCAUCUGCAAAUUCUUUGAGUUCGACCGGUAUUCAAAAAAAUGGUAACCCUGUUUCAGCAGCAGGUAACAGAACCUCUUUUCAUAAAAUGAGAUCAACCGCUUCCAAUUACUCCGCACAAAAUUCGAUGACCAACAGAUCUAUUGAUACAAUGUUGGGUGUUUCGGAUGCCUCAAAAGGUCGCAUGCCAGAAAAUAUGGGAUCUUCUCAGGGAGUCCCAAAGUCCAUGGUGACGAAUGAUGUCGUUUUAAAUCUUCAAAAUGAUACUUUGGCACAACACAGAAAUUCCCAGAAUUCCCAUCCUGUUAUGUCCAAAAGGGUGGGCGGUAAUAAUGCAAAAACUGUGGACGAAUCUGUGUCUACUGCAGGCUUAGAAGAUAUUCAAGCUGAUAAUGCUAAGGAUAGUUAUAUAGAUGGUACGGUGGGAGAGAAGUUUGGUGAAAUGAAUGUUUCUGAUGACACACGGAAGGAAACACAAAUAUAA